CGCGGGACUCCGAUCGGGAUCCCUAGGUCCCGAGGAUCGGGAUCGGGAAGGUCGGCUUUCGGUUCGGCUGCUCAAGGAUCCUUUGAUCCUGGGACUGGGAUAGCUAGUGCUAGUCAGCACAGCAGAGCAGUCAGUCGUCAGUCAGUCUUCUUGAAGUGCGUACGGUGUUGGCACGUUCGUCUGCCUACUUCGUCUGUCUGUUUGUUUAGAAAGUGUGAAGAUAUCUCUCGUGACACUGCACAACAUUGUCAAAAAUGUUGCACAGCGUUAGCGACAAGGCUAAAACGAUCCACAUUGAAACUGGAAAUAUGCUCAAUAUGAACAAUAUCAUGCUGAAAGUGUGGCAAAGUCCUGUCGACGAGCUCGUCGAAUGCUUGAAAAUUGUCGCAAAAGAAAGCCCAGAUCCUCCACCAGCACUCGAUGAUGGAUUAUUGAAGAUUGGUCCACUAAAGAACAACAGUGAAUUGGCAAAUUCAUUCGACGUAGAGGACAAAAAAGACCUCAAAAUAAAUGUGAAAGUAUUUGUCACUAAAACAGACAAAGAGUCCCUUUUAAAUGCUGUCAAUGGAGCAUUGUCAUCUCUGGCAACUGACACCAUUGAUUCUCUUGUAUUGGCUUGUCCGGAGACAAUGACUGAAAAGUCCCUUUCAUGUCUCCAGGAACUUUGGAGAGUCUUAGAAGAUUUUGUAGACAGCAAGAAGAUUAUUAGUGUUGGCCUAAGCAACAUUGAUACUCAACUCUUUAUCUCACUCUACAACUGGGCAAAGGUGAAACCCAGCAUUGUACAAGUGAAUCUAGCCACUUGUUGUGUUGUUCCUCCUGCUCUUCAAGAAUUUUCCAAGCAAAAUGAUGUUCAAUUGAAUACUACUAGUGAUCCUGCAGAUAUACUCCCCAAAGAUUCAAUGAAACAAGUCAUUGAACCACAACUCCCUUUUAGCUUGGUAUGGAUAUUCCGUUACCAAGUUCAAGUCAAAUGCCGGGGUGUACUAGCUAGUAAAGGGUAUGUUGUUUGCUGUCAAAGAUCUUUGUAAUUAUAAUACAAUCAUGGAUUUUUUUUUUUACUAUUUUUGUUUUUAAAUUGAGAGCAUCAAAUGAUUUAGUGUACUAAACCUGGUCUGUUGAAAAACUGAGCAUUUAAUUCAUGAUCUCUACACGUUUUUCUUACUCUGAGCAAUUUUCAGAAAAGCUUGUGCCUGCACACAUUUUUUUUUUCUUUUUGUGUGAUAUGUUUCAAAUUUUCUGCCUAAGGAAGUUGUGAUAUCCACCCUAUAGAGAGAGAGAGAGCCACGGUAAAUACAAUAUUUUCCAUUAUGUUGGAAUUCUUUGUAAUUAGUGCAUUUCUAUGCUUUUUACUUUUUUCUAAACAUGAAUGCCAUUUUAUAUUACUCUUGUUAUUGUGUUUGUAACACAAAUGUAGACAGAAAUAGUUUUUAAAAAAUAUAUUGAAUUUGUUCAUAUCAGUAUGGUGUUCUAUUCUUGUAAAAGACUAACUUCAGCUGUUAAUAAAAUUGUAAUUCUCACUGUAUGUGCCAUGGUUACCAAUAAAAUGAAUUAUAAAUUUA